GAUAUUCUGUUUUCAGAUUUAACACUCGGCACUCAGCACUGAUUCAGACAGACCAGUGAGGUCAGCAGGAAGUUAAGCUCCUCUCAGUCUGCAACUCCUUGAGAUUUUUCUCAUGCUGCAUUUCAGAGUGCACUUUCUUAACUGAAUAAAAAUGACGAGAAAGUGUUUAUUGCUGUCAAUAGUCCUGGUGUGUUGCAGCAUCUAUGCUGGCAGUGUGUUACAAUCCACACUGGUGUUGGAUAUGGCCACGCUUCUGUUGGAUAAUUACUGCUUUCCUGAAAACCUGGUGGGAAUGCAAGAAGCCAUUGAACAAGCCAUCAAGAAUGGAGAGAUCUUGGACAUCUCCGAUCCGAAGCUUUUAGCAACUGUUCUGACAGCUGGAGUGCAAGGAGCCCUGAAUGACCCACGGCUGGUGAUCUCUUAUGAACCCACAGCUUCCGCUGCUCCCAAGGAAAGAAUUGAGACUUCUCUAACAUCAGAGCAACUCUUAAGUCUUAUCCAACAUACAGUGAAGUAUGAAGUGCUGGAUGACAAUGUGGGUUACCUAAGGAUUGACUACAUAAUGGGCCAGGAAAUUGUGCAGAAGAUUGGUUCUUUCCUAGUAGAAAAGGUAUGGAAGAGCUUAUUGGGGACAUCUGCUCUAAUAUUAGAUCUGCGUUACACUACUGGAGGUCAUGUUUCAGGCAUUCCUUUCAUUAUUUCUUAUUUGUACAAUGGGGACAAGGUGCUGCAUGUGGAUACUGUUUACAAUCGGCCUUCUAAUACUACUGUGGAAAUCUUGACUUUGCCAAAAGUCCUGGGUGUGAGGUACAGCAAAGACAAGGACGUAAUUUUGCUGAUAAGCAAACACACUAUUGGUGUGGCUGAAGAUGUGGCCUACAUCCUCAAACAAAUGCAUAGGGCAAUAAUAGUGGGAGAAAAAUCAGCAGGAGGCUCCUUGGAUACCCAGAAAAUGCAGAUUGGCAGUUCCCAAUUUUAUAUGACAGUACCUCUAUCAUGUUCUGUGAGCCCCUUAAGUGGCAGUGGGCAAAGCUGGGAAAUCAGUGGGGUAAUGCCAUGUGUAGUCAUCCCAGCAGAACAAGCUCUGGAUAAAGCUCUGGCCAUUCUAUCGCUACGCAAAGCUAUUCCUAGCAGUAUGAGCUAUUUGAUGGGUGUUAUAAAGAACAAUUACUCCAUGUUAGAACAAGUCCCCGUAUUGCUGCAACACCUCUCCACUUUUGACUCUUCUUCUGUCUUAUCAGUAAAGGACCUGGCCUCCAAACUCAAUGCUGAACUACAGACCAUAUCUGAAGACCCACGUCUCUUAAUACGAGUCCCUGCCUCAGAUGAAGUUGUAAGUGCACAAACUGAUGCACAGGUUGCAAUGGCAACUGAUUUGCCUAACAAUGAACAGCUCAUGAAAGCCCUAGUAAUGACUGUAUUCAAGGUGUCUGUACUACCAGGCAACGUGGGUUACAUGCGCUUUGAUGAGUUUGCUGAUGCUACAGUACUGGUAAAGUUAGGACCAUACCUCCUGCAGCACGUCUGGGAGCCACUGCAAGCAACUGAUAAUUUGAUCAUAGAUCUGCGCUACAACAUUGGUGGCCCGUCAUCAACUGCUGUGCCAAUCUUGCUGUCCUACUUCCAAGAGCCCUCUGCUGGCCCUGUGCACUUUUUUACCACCUACAACAGGCACACAAACCAGACCCAGGUUUAUAGCAGUAACGCUGAAAUGUUAGGCAAGCCCUAUGGGGCACGGCGUGGUGUCUACUUACUCACAAGCCACAACACAGCGACAGCAGCCGAAGAAUUUGCAUACCUUAUGCAGUCCCUUGGCCGUGCCACCCUGGUUGGUGAGAUUACUGCUGGUAGCUUAACACACACACACACGUUCUGCAUUUUAGAAUUAGGAGGGGGUUGUGGCCUCCUUAUUAAUGUGCCUGUCAUUACUCUCAUUGACAACAAUGGGGAGACCUGGCUUGGAGGUGGGGUGGUACCUGAUUCAAUUGUACUAGCCGAUGAGGCUCUAGAGAAGGCAAGAGAAGUGCUGGAGUUCCAUAAGGGCAUGGGGUCACUUAUUGAAAGAGUUGGACAAUUGCUUGAAGCUCACUAUGCUAUCCCUGAAAUGGCUAGACGGGUCAGUAGCGCGCUGAAUUCCAAACUGGCCCAAGGUGGGUAUCGUACAGCCGUGGAUUUUGAGACACUUGCCUCUCAGCUGACGAAUGACCUUCAGGAAACCUCUGGGGAUCACCAGCUGCAUGUCUUUCACAGUCAUGUUGAGCCUUCUUUAGAGGAACAGUCCCCUUACAAGACACUCACUCCCGAGGAGCUGAAUUUUAUAAUUGAAGCUCUCUUCAAGGUGGAUGUGUUACCAGGCAAUGUGGGAUAUUUACGCUUUGACAUGAUGGCCGAGGCAGAGUCUGUGAAGACCAUUGAACCACAAAUACUUAACAUGGUUUGGGAAAAACUAGUCGAAACUCAAGCUAUGAUUGUUGACAUGCGCUACAAUACUGGCAGUUACUCUACUGCCGUGCCCAUCUUUUGCUCCUAUUUUUUUGAUGCUGAACCUCAACAGCACCUUUACACAAUCAUUGACCGUAGCACCUCUCAGAGUACUGAAGUGUGGACUUCAUCCCAAGUAUCUGGCAAACGUUAUGGCUCAACUAAAGAUCUUUAUAUUCUAAUCAGCCAUGCUAGUGGGUCAGCUGCUGAAGCCUUUACUCGCUCUUUGAAGGACCUGCAUCGCGCCACAGUAAUUGGGGAACCUACUGUGGGUGGCUCACUCUCUGCAAAUAUUUACAACAUGGGCAGCACUCCAUUGUAUACUUCCAUUCCCAGCCAGAUUGUUCUUAGUCCAGUCUCUGGAAAAGUGUGGAGCUUGUCUGGGGUACAGCCACAUGUGACUACCCAGGCUAAUGAAGCCCUGGCCUCAGCCCAGAACAUUAUUCUCUUUCGCACCAAAAUACCUAGUGUCUUAAACGCAGUUGGAAAACUGGUGGCUGACAACUAUGCCUUUGCUGAUAUUGGGGCUACAGUGGCAGCCAAAUUUGCUGACUACGCCAACAAAGAGACUUACCGAAAGAUCAACAGCGAAAUUGAACUUUCUGGGAAAAUAGCGGCAGAUCUAAAAGCUCUUUCUGGAGAUAGGCAUCUGAUGAUAGCCCAUAUUCCUGAACAUUCAAAGGGUCGAAUCCCAGGAAUUGUGCCCAUGCAGGUCCCUUCACCAGAAAUGUUAGAAGAACUCAUUAAGUUUUCUUUGCAAACCAAGGUGUUUGAAAAUAAUAUUGGCUACCUGCGAUUUGACAUGUUUGGAUACUGUGACCUUUUGUCCCAAGUCUCUGAGUUGCUAGUAGAACAUGUGUGGAAUAAAAUUGUCAACACUGAUGCAUUAAUCAUAGAUAUGAGAUACAAUAUAGGGGGGCCUUCAUGUUCUGUACCACUAUUGUGCUCCUACUUCUUUGACGAAGGACAUCCAAUUCUUUUGGACAAAGUAUACAACAGACCAAAUGAUACCACCAGUAAUAUUUGGACCGUCUCAAAGCUUACAGGUACAAGAUAUGGCUUCAAUAAAGGCUUGGUAAUCCUCACCAGCUCUGUGACUUCUGGUGCUGCUGAAGAAUUUGUAUACAUCAUGAAGAGACUGGGUAGAGCCUUCAUCAUUGGACAGAAGACCAGUGGGGGUUGCCACCCACCUCAGACAUUUCAUGUGGAUGGCACUAACCUCUAUAUCACAACCCCUGUGUCGAGAUCUGUCUUUUCUGUUAAUGACAGCUGGGAAGGUGUGGGAGUGAGUCCUCACAUGGAAGUUUCCACUGAGGUGGCACUCAUCAAAGCAAAAGAAAUGCUCAAUGCACAUCUUCACUAGUUUGGGGCAAGAAGGGAAAAAUAUUCAUGGAAGUAAUGAGUACAAAACAGGAAUUAAGAAAGAAAUAUAUCAAAUAAAUACCCCUUUAUUUUCAUUAGGAAGUGAGCUCCCCAUCCCCUUGAAAAUCUACAGCAAGAGUUUUUAUGUAGCACCUCUAAAGGUAGAAAACACGGAAAAGAAAAAGGAUCAUGAUCCACUCCAUAAAUUGUAGCUUUUCUUUCAUAGUCCCAAACCCCCAAACCCUCCACUCCUAUGCAUAGGUAGGAUUAGGAUAAGUAUGAUGAUGAUCUUUAUUUCUAUCCUACCUUUUCCCCAUAGGGAUUCAAAGCAGCUGACAAUAACAUGACAGAACCCAGUAAAAAUUUAAGACAAGGCAUAUACAUUAAAAAAAACAAAACAAUUCAUGUAGAAUUAGUGAGAAAUAAUUGAAGACAGUUGUCUGAAGACUUCAAGUUGCUUAUAUAAUUUUCUACUUACCUGUUAACAUUUUCUGUAGUGAUGCAAAUAUCUUGACCAAAUCCAUGUAGCAUAUAGCCACCUAUAUCUCGCCUUGCUAACAUAUGCCCCUGAUUCUUUCCUGAUUUAUGUAUUUUCCUAUGUAUGUAAUUAAAAUGCUAUUCUUUUGGAUCCCAAAAAGUUCUGUAACAAACUAUAUGGAAAAGUCCAUACUAAAUAGUAAUGUCUGAGAAACUCAGGAACAUAAUUGUUAAGCAUUAUAACUGGGUAGCUGAUAUAUAUUGUAAGAUAUUGAAUUACAGAAAGUAAGUUUGGAUAGAUAUAGUAGCCACUGGUGUUAUACAUAGCAAAGGUAAAUUGCGGGACAUUAGGGAGCAUGGCAGGACCUAAGGACAGAACAUUGCAAAUAUUCUUAUGUCUUUGAAAACAUUCUGACCUACCAACUGAAACAGUGCUAUGCAAAGAUACCCACACACAAAGAACAUCAAUCUCUUCAUUUCCAGUAUUAGAGAAAAUCCUGGAAUCAUUGUUGGACAGAACCAUAAAGGCCAUACAGUCCAACAUCCUUCCAUAAAGGUAUACACAAUUAUCCAGUUUUGAGAGAUUGACAUCCCAUGUCUGUUUAAAGACCUCUAAAGAUCCAUCACCCUCUGAGACAAUUUAAUCUACAACUGAAUUCUUACCAUCAAAAUAUUACCAUUAAAAGGUUCUCCCUAAUGUUUAGGGUGGAUUAUUAUUUCUUGUAUAGGCAAUCCCCAGUUAUGAACAAGAUAAGUUCUGUAGGUUUGUUCUUAAGUUGAAUUUAUGUGUAAGUCAGAAACAGUACUUUUUAAAGUGUAACUCCAGCCUUGAACAGCUUUGAACAGCCUUGGGAAAGGUGAACACCCCUGUGGUGUUUGUUUUGUUGUUUGUUCCCCAAUUCAGAAGAUUUCACUUCACUUUCUGUCCCUGUAAUAAUUCGAUUUUGAAAAAAUUGGCUUGUUUUGGAGACAAGGAUUGGUGAGAAAGCUUCAGUUGAGACACCUUUUCCCCAUGAUAACUCUUUCAAGAGUGAAUUUCCCUUCCAAGGGGUAGAUUUCUCUCACUUUCUGUUGUCUCACCCCCAUUCUUAACUAUAAAUUGUUUGUAAGUUCAAUGUUUGUAAUUCAGGGACUGCCUGUAUAUGGUUUGUCUUCUAAUCUCUGGAACAGCCGUGAACAAGCUCACUUUCUACGUGACAUCCCUUUAGGGACCACAAUACUUUUUAGAGACCUAUGUAAAUAUGUGACUAGAAUAGGUUGUAAACUUAUUCAUGAUUGAAACAAAAAGCACCAACAUCUAUAAAAAUUUAUUUCAAGAAAGAGAAGUAAAAAGAUACAAUAUUGGAAAUCAGAAAAAAAUGAAUGUUGUGUCAAAUAAUAAAAAUAAUUUGGCAUAUAUAAGUGGGAAUCCUAUUGAGACUGACAAAUAAAAACAGGUGAAGACAGAUAAAUAUCAGAUCAUUUUUUCAUGGUUACCCAGUCCAUUUUUCCCAACCAUCACUGCCUAUCCUGUUGUAUUUAAUGGACAGAGGUCUUAUCAAAACUUACUUCUAAAUACUGUUUCUAUCAAACCUUCAAUUAUAAAAUCUAAGUGAAAUGUACAAGUAGCUUUUAAAAGGAAACCAAAUCAUCUUGGAGAAGAAUGAAAGAGAAAUCUUUCACACAACCCAGCAAAAGAACAAAUUACUGACCAUUAAAAUUAUAUUUUUGUCACUAGUCUCAGAUAAGGUUUAUGGUUUUAUGUCCCAGAUUAUAUUAGGGCUCAUGGAGGUGUGUGAUGAGAGUGAAAAUGAACGUAGUAAAACAUCUGACUAAACUAGUCAUGUAA